AUGACACAGAGAUUCUCAGUGGCAGAACCAGCUUCCUGCUCCAAGACCAAGAACACAGGAAAGAGUACAUUCCCCUGCUCCCUCUGUGGUAAACAGUUUACCGAGAAAGGAACCCUCAACAGACAUAUGAGAAUCCACACUGGAGAGAAAUCAGUCGUCUGCUCCCUCUGUGGUAAAGGGUUUACCGAGAAAGGAAACCUCAACACACACAUGAGAACCCACACUGGAGAGAAACCGUUCCCCUGCUCACUCUGUGGUAAAGAGUUUUCACAGAAAGGAAACCUCAAACUACACAUGAGAAUCCACACUGGAGAGAAACCCUUUAGUUGCUCAGUCUGUGGUAAAGGUUUUACACAGAAGGGACACUUUAAUACACACAUGAGAAUCCAUACAGGAGAGAAGCCGUUUACCUGCUCGGUCUGCGGUAAAGGUUUUGCAGAUAAAAAAACCUUUCACGUACACAUGAGAAUCCACACAGGAGAGAAACCGUUUAGCUGCUCAGUUUGCGGUAAAGGUUUUACACAGAUAGGACACUUUAAAGCACACACCAGAGUUCACACAGGCGAGAAACCAUUUACCUGCACAGUCUGCGGAAAAGCAUUUAGUGAUAAACGUCAUUUAAAACCUCACAUGAAUGUCCACACCGGAGAAAAACCAUUUAGCUGCUCAGUCUGUGGUAAAAGUUUUGCACGGAAAAAUUACCUCAACACACACAAACGAAUUCACACGGGAGAGAAACCAUUUAGCUGCUCAGUGUGUGGCAAAAAUUACACAUGGAAACAUGACCUCAACACACACAUGCGAACACACACAGGAGAGAAACCGUUCAGCUGCAGUGUCUGUGGAAGAGGUUUCAGCAGGCGUGCAGAUGUUAGAGGUCAUGAGUGUGCCGGUGAGACACACCUGAGUGCUGCUCACACACAUGUUGUUUUAAUACAGGCUAAUGCAGUCAGCACCGCUGGCCCAUAUGUUUCUAUUUGCCACAACCCAGGGGGACAAUAAGCAAACUGAAUAAUACUCUAUACUCUCUCUUUGCUCUUGGACAUCCACAUACACCGCUGCUGCAUUUACUUUAAACUGAUACAUUUUACUGCUUUUUCUGUUUUAUGCAAUUCUUUGUUUUGUUUUGUUUUUUUCUCUUAUGCUGUUACUUUUACUGCCACAAUUAUUACCAUCAUUCAACAUUUUCUUUCUCAGAGCAGGAUGUUUUGAAAUAUUCUCAUUGACAAUGUGAAAAUAGGAUAACUUCUUGCAAGAACAAUUAUUUGCAUAAAAAAUGAAUGAAACUACAUGAGGACAGAGUUACUAUUAUCCUGAGGUUGUCUGUUACUUUACUGGACAGUUGUGUUGUGUAUUGAGUCGAGGCUACAGGAUUGACCAGGGAUGGGCAACUUUUAUGGGGGUAAGGGCCACAAAAUAAUGUGAGUGAUCAUUAGGGGCCGCAGUGACUCGCAGGGCAGCGAACCCACAGCCACACUGCACUGUCUCUCCAUCAGACUGGGCUUUUUGGCUUUUUCUAGCUCCAGCUCUGCUUGUUAGGAAGCAUCAAAAGAAUAUUUUUGUGCUGUGGUAGCUCUUUUGCUCGUUUAUAUUUCUUUUAAGAUCUUUAAUGAUGGCAAG